AGUCGAGCAGAGCGCGUGAUGUCGGGCGCGCAUGGGCAGACGGUGCUCCGCCGCGUCUCGGCUUCACUUCCUCCCUAGGCUGACGGCGGGCCGUCGCGCAGCGUUUGAACCAGAGGCGAGAAGAGUUGCGUGGCUGACUGGGCUCAGGGACUGUGGCCGCCGGAAGAGGCGAGAGGAACUGAGUUUUGGGCCGCCGCCGCCGCACAAACCCCACUUUGGCGUCCGAGUGCAGCGGUAGGGGCGUGGAAACAACGCUGUGGACGGAUCAGUCGUGUGCGACCCGUACUUACCGUCAGCGAACAUUCAUUGAGUUUUAAACUACAGCCUCAUGGUUAAGAGAACGGGCUCUGGAGUCACAGAGUUGGAUUAUGUUGGUCAGCUGGAUGGCCUCGCUGUGCUGUAUCUUCCUUGUGAAGUGAGAUAAUCUUUACUUCUGGGGAACACUCAGAAGCCUUAGCUGGUACAGGUAAAUGUGUGUGUCCUGGAGUUCUAAACCAUGAGUCUGGCACUUAAUGAUCUGCUUAUUUGCUGCCGUCAUCUAGAACAUGAUAAAGCUACAGAACGAAAGAAAGAAAUUGAGAAAUUUAAGCAGCUGAUUCGAGAUACUGAAACAGUUAAACAUUUAGAUCGGCAUUCAGAUUCCAAACAAGGGAAAUAUUUAAAUUGGGAUGCUGUUUUUCGAUUUUUACAGAAAUAUAUUCAGAAAGAAACAGAAUGUCUGAGAACAGGAAGACCAAAUGUAUCAGCUUCAACACAAGCCUCCAGGCAAAAGAAGAUGCAAGAAAUCAGUAGUUUGGUCAAAUACUUCAUCAAAUGUGCAAAUAAAAGAGCACCUAGGCUAAAAUGUCAAGAACUGUUGAAUUAUAUUAUGGAUAUAGUGAAAGAUUCAUCUAAUGGUGCCAUUUAUGGAGCUGAUUAUAGCAACAUUCUGCUCAAAGACAUCCUUUCUGUGAGAAAAUAUUGGUGUGAAAUAUCUCAACAACAGUGGCUAGAAUUAUUCUCUGUGUACUUCAGGCUGUAUCUCAAACCUUCGCAAGAUGUUUAUAGAGUUUUAGUGGCUAGAAUAAUUCAUACUGUGACCAAAGGAUGUUGUUCACAAACUGAUGCAUUAAAUUCCAAAUUUUUGGAGUUUUUCCCCAAGGCCAUUCAGUAUGCAAGACAAGAAAAGAGCUCUGCAGGUCUGAAUCAUAUCUUAGCAGCGCUUAUUAUCUUCCUCAAGACUUUGGCUGUCAACUUUCGAAUUCAAGUGUGUGAAUUAGGAGAUGAAAUUCUUCCUAACUUGCUUUAUAUUUGGUCUCAACAUAGACUUAAUGAUUCCUUAAAAGAAGUAAUAAUUGAAUUAUUUCAACUGCAAAUUUAUAUCCAUCAUCCAAAAGGAGCCAAAACCCAAGAAAUAGGUGCUUAUGAAUCAAUAAAAUGGCAAAGUAUUUUAUACAACUUAUACGAUCUGCUGGUAAAUGAGAUAAAUCAUAUAGGAAGUAGAGGAAAAUAUUCUUCAGGAUAUCGUAAUAUUGCUGUCAAGGAAAAUUUGAUUGAAUUGAUGGCAGAUAUUUGUCACCAGGUUUUUAAGGAAGAUACCAGAUCCUUGGAGAUUUCUCAGUCUUAUACUACUACACAAAGAGAAUCUGGUGAUUAUAGUGUACCUUGCAAAAGGAAGAAAAUAGAACUAGGCUGGGAAGUAAUAAAAGAUCAUCUUCAGAAGUCACAGAAUGAUUUCGAUCUGGUGCCUUGGCUACAAAUUACAGCUCAAUUAAUAUCAAAGUAUCCUGUGAGUUUACCUACCUGUGAGCUAUUUCCACUACUGAUGAUACUAUACCAGCUUUUGCCUCAACAGCGACGUGGGGAGCGCACACCAUAUGUGUUACGAUGCCUUAUGGAAGUUGCAUUGUGUCAAGCCAAGAAAUCAGACCUAGAAAGCUCACAAAAGUCAGAUUUAUUGAAACUCUGGAAUAAAAUUUGGUCUAUUACCUUUCGUGGUUUAAGUUCUGAACAAAUACAAGCUGAAAGCUUUGGCUUAGUUGGAGCUAUAAUUCAAGGUGGUUUAGUUGAGGUUGACAAAGAAUUCUGGAAAUUAUUUACUGGGUCAGCUUGCAGACCUUCGUGUCCUGCAGUACACUGUUUGACUUUGGCACUGACAGUCAGUAUAGUUCCAGAAAUGGUAAAAAUGGGAAUAGAGCAAAACAUAUGUGAAAUAAAUAGAAGUUUUUCUUUAAAGGAAUCAAUCAUGAAAUGGCUCUUACUCUAUCAGUUAGAGGAUGGCUUAGAAGACAGUACAGAACUGCCUCCAAUUCUUCACAGUAAUUUUCCUCAUCUUGUAGUGGAGAAAAUUCUUGUGAGUCUCACUAUGAAAAACUGUAAAGCUGCAAUGAAUUUUUUCCAAAGUGGGCCAAUAUGUGAACACCACCAAAAAGGUAAAGAAGAACCUUCCUUCUCAGAAGUAGAAGAACUGUUUCUUCAGACAACUUUUGACAAGGUGGACUUUUUAACCUAUGUUGAAGAAAGUAGUACUGAAGAGCACCAAUCUAGUAUUGGCUUUUCUGUCCACCAGAAUCUGAAGGAAUCACUGGACCACUAUCUUUUGGGAUUAUCAGAACAGCUUCUGAAUUAUUACUCAUCUGAGAUUACAAACUCAGAUAUGCUUGUCCGGUGUUCGCGUCUUUUGGUGGGUGUUCUUGGCUGCUACUGUUAUGUGGGUAUAAUAGCUGAAGAAGAAGCAUAUAAGUCAGAAUUAUUCCAGAAAGCCAAGUCUCUAAUGCAGUGUACAGGAGAAAUUAUCACUCUGUUUAAAAAUAAGACAAGUGAGGAAUCCACAGUUGAUACAUUGAGAAAUAUGAUGCAUCUAUGUACAAGUUGCUUGUGUAACUGUACCAAGAGGAAUCCAAAUAAAAUUGCUUCUGGCUUUUUCCUACGACUGCUAACAUCAAAACUGAUGAAUGACAUGGCAGAUAUUUGUAAAAAUUCAGCAUCCUUUAUCAAAAAACCAUUUGCCCGUGGAGAAGUAGAAUCAAUGGAAGAGGAUACUAACAGAAAUCUAAUGGAGGUGGAGGAUCAGUCAUCCAUGAAUUUAUUCAAUGAUAAUCCUGCUAGUAAUGUUAAUGAUGCCAAUGAACCUGGAGAGAGCCUGAGUAUUAUAGGUGCCAUGAAUCCAUUAGCUGAAGAAUAUCUGUCAAAGCAAGAUCUACUCUUUUUAGACAUGCUAAAGUUCUUGUGUGUGUGUGUAACUACUGCUCAAACCAAUACUGUGUCAUUUCGGGCAGCUGAUAUUCGAAGGAAAUUGUUAAUGUUAAUUGAUAUUAGCACACUAGACCCUACCAAAUUCCUCCAUCUACAUAUGUAUCUAGUGCUUUUAAAGGAGCUUCCUGGAGAACAGCAUCACUUGCCAAUGGAAGACGUUGUUGAACUUCUGAAACCACUAUCCAAUGUGUGCUCUUUGUAUCGACGUGACCAAGAUGUUUGUAAAACAAUUUUAAACCACGUCCUUCACAUAGUGACCAACCUAGGUCAAGGCAGCGUGGGCUCUGAGAACACAAGAGAUGCUCAAGGGCAGUUUCUUACAGUGAUUGGAGCAUUUUGGCAUCUAACAAAGGAGGGAAAAUGUACAUCCUCUGUGAGAAUGGCACUAGUAAAAUGCCUUAAAACUUUGCUUGAGGCUGAUCCUUAUUCAAAAUGGGCAAUUCUUAAUGUAAAGGGAAAAGACUUUGCUGUCAAUGAAGUAUUUCCACAAUUUCUUGCUGAUGAUCAUCACCAAGUUCGCAUGCUGGCUGCAGAGUCAGCUAAUAGAUUAUUCCUGGAUAUGAAACAAGGAGAUUCUUCCAUGUUAUUGAAAGCACUUCCUUGGAAGCUUCAGCAAGCAGCUUUUGAAAAUGCACACUUGAUAGCUUUGGAAGGAAUAAAAGAAGUGUCCCACAGUGCUGAGAAUGCUCAACUUUUGGAUGAGAUUUAUAAUAGAAAAUCUGUUUUACUGAUGUUGAUAGCUGUGAUUUUAUACUGUAGCCCUAUUUGUGAAAAACAGGCUUUGUUUGCCUUAUGCAAAUCUGUGAAAGAGAAUGGAUUAGAACCCCACCUUGUGAAAAAGGUUUUAGAGAAAAUUUCUGAAACUUUUGGAUAUAGACAUUUAGAAGACUUCAUGGCUUCUCAUUUAGAUUAUCUGGUUUUGGAAUGGCUAAAUCUUCAAGAUACUGAUGAAUACAGCUUAUCUUCUUUUCCUUUUAUUUUAUUAAACUACACAAAAGUUGAAGAUUUCUACAGAUCUUGUUAUAAAGUUUUAAUUCCACAUUUGGUAAUUAGAAGUCAUUUUGAUGAAGUGAAGUCUAUUGCAAAUCAGAUUCAAGAGGACUGGAAAAGUCUUCUAAUAGACUGCUUUCCAAAGAUUCUUGUAAAUAUUCUUCCUUAUUUUGCCUAUGAGUGUUCAGAAGACAGUGGAAUGGCACAGCAAAGAGAGACCGCUAGUAAGGUCUAUGAUAUGCUCAAAAGUGAAAACUUACUGGGAAAACAGAUUGAUCAUUUAUUUAUUAGUAAUUUACCCGAGAUUGUGGUGGAGUUAUUGAUGACAUUACAUGAACCAGCAAAUUCUGGUGCCAGCCAAAGCACUGACAUCUCUGACUUUUUGGGGGAUUUGGAUCCUGCUCCUAAUCCACCUCAUUUUCCAUCACAUGUGAUUAAAGCAACAUUUGCCUAUAUCAGCAAUUGUCAUAAAACUAAGUUUAAAAGCAUUCUAGAAAUUCUUUCCAGAAGUCCUGAUUCCUAUCAGAAAAUUCUUCUAGCCAUAUGUGAGCAAGCAGAGACAAAUAAUGUUUAUAAAAAGCACAGAAUUCUUAAAAUAUAUCAUCUAUUUGUUAGUUUAUUACUAAAAGAUAUAAAAACUGGCUUAGGAGGAGCUUGGGCCUUUGUUCUUCGAGAUGUUAUUUACACUUUGAUUCACUAUAUCAACAAAAGGCCUUCCCGUUUAACAGAUGUGGCAUUACGUAGCUUCUCUCUUUGUUGUGACCUGUUAAGUCGUGUUUGUCAGACAGCAGUGACUAACUGCAAGGAUGCUUUAGAAAAUCACCUUCAUGUUAUUGUUGGUACACUUAUUCCCCUUGUGGAUGAUCAGGAGGUUCAGGAACAGGUAUUGGACUUGUUGAAAUACUUAGUGAUUGGCAACAAGGAUAAUGAAAACCUCUAUCUCACAAUUAAACUUUUAGAUCCUUUUCCUGACCAUGUUGUUUUUAAGGAUUUACGUAUUACUCAGCAAAAAAUCAAAUAUAGUAGAGGACCCUUUUCACUCUUGGAGGAAAUUAACCAUUUUCUCUCAGUCAGUGUUUAUGAUGCACUUCCAUUGACAAGACUUGAAGGACUGAAAGAUCUUCGAAGACAGCUGGAGCAACAUAAAGAUCAGAUGAUGGAUCUUAUGAGAGCGUCUCAGGGUAACCCACAAGAUGGCAUGGUGAAGCUAGUUGUCAAUUUGUUGCAGUUAUCCAAGAUGGCAAUAAACCACACUGGGGAAAGAGAAGUUUUAGAGGCUGUUGGAAGCUGCUUGGGAGAAGUGGGUCCUAUAGAUUUUUCUACCAUAGCUAUACAACAUAGUAAAGAUACGUCUUAUACCAAGGCCCUUGAGUUAUUUGAAGAUAAAGAACUUCAGUGGACCUUUAUAAUGCUUACCUAUUUGAAUAAUACACUGGUAGAAGAUAGUGUCAAAGUUCGAUCAGCUGCUGUUGCCUGUUUGAAAAACAUUUUAGCCACAAAGACUGGACAUCGUUUCUGGGAGAUAUAUAAGAUGACAACAGACCCCAUGCUGACCUAUAUACAGCCUUUUAGAACAUCAAGAAAAAAGUUUUUAGAAGUACCUAGAUUUGAUAAUGAAAACCCAUUAGAAUACCUGGAUGAUACAAAUCUGUGGAUUCCUCAAAAUGAAAAUCACGACACUUGGAUAAAGACACUGACUCGUGCUUUUUUGAACAGUGGAGGCACAAAAAGUGAAAUUCUUCAAUUAUUAAAGCCAAUGUGUGAGGUGAAAGCUGACUUUUGUCAGACUGUGCUUCCAUACUUGAUACAUGAUAUUUUACUCCAAGACACAGAUGAAUCCUGGAGAAAUCUGCUUUCUACACAUGUUCAGGGAUUUUUCACCAGCUGUUUUAGACAUGUCUCACAAAUGAGCCGAUCCACAACGCCUAGAAACUUGGAUUCAGAGUCAGAGCAUGUUUUCCGAUGCUGCUUGGAUAAAAAAUCACAAAGAACAAUGCUUGCUGUUGUGGACUAUAUGAGAAGACAAAAGAGACCUUCUUUGGGAACAGUUUUUGAUGAUGCUUUCUGGCUGGAUUUGAAUUAUCUAGAGGUUGCCAAGGUAGCUCAGUCUUGUGCUGCUCACUUUACGGCGUUACUCUAUGCAGAAAUUUAUGCAGAUAAGAAAAGCAUGGAGGAUCAAGAGAAAAGUGGUGCUUUUGUGACCAGUAGAAGUCUUACAUUUGAAGAUGGAAGCCAAAGUACAACUAUUUCUAGUUUGAGUGAAAAAAGUAAAGAGGAAACUGGAAUAAGUUUACAGGAUCUUCUCUUAGAAAUUUACAGAAGUAUAGGAGAGCCAGAUAGUCUGUAUGGCUGUGGUGGAGGGAAAAUGUUACAACCCCUUACCAGACUACGAACAUAUGAACAUGAAGCAAUGUGGGGGAAGGCUCUAGUAACAUAUGAUGUUGAGACAGCAAUCUCCUCAUCAACGCGGCAGGCAGGAAUAAUUCAGGCCUUACAGAAUUUGGGACUCUGCCAUAUUCUUUCCAUCUAUUUAAAAGGAUUAGAUUAUGAAAAUAAAGAGUGGUGUGCUGAACUACAGGAACUGCAUUACCAAGCAGCUUGGAGGAGUAUGCAGUGGGACCAUUGUUUACCUCUCAAAGAAAUAGAAGGAACCAGUUACCACAAAUCAUUGUACAGUGCUCUACAGUCUUUAAGAGACAGAGAAUUCUCCACAUUUUAUGAAAGUCUCAAAUAUGCCAGAGUAAAAGAAGUAGAAGAGCUGUGUAAGGGCAGCCUUGAGUCUGUGUAUUCACUGUACCCCACACUUAGCAGACUGCAGGCCAUCGGAGAGCUGGAAAACAUUGGGGAACUUUUCUCAAGGUCUGUCACAGGUAGACAACUCUCUGAAGUAUACAUUAAGUGGCGGAAACACUCCCAGCUUCUCAAGGACAGUGAUUUUAGUUUUCAGGAGCCUAUCAUGGCUCUACGCACAGUUAUUUUGGAGAUUUUGAUUGAAAAGGAAAUGGAGAACUCCCAAAAAGAAUGUUUUAAGGACAUUCUCACCAAGCACCUUGUAGAGUUUUCUACAUUGGCCCGAACUUUCAAGAACACACAGCUUCCUGAAAGGGCAAUAUUUCAAAUUAAACAGUAUAAUUCAGCUAGUUGUGGAGUUUCUGAGUGGCAGCUGGAAGAAGCACAAGUAUUCUGGGCAAAAAAGGAGCAGAGUCUUGCCCUGAGUAUUCUCAAACAGAUGAUCAGGAAGUUGGAUGUCAGCUGUACAGAGGUUUAUUUUUCUUUUUGUAAAUAUAAUUUAAAUGGUUGUGUUUUCUUGAAGGCAGUGGAAGUUGCUGGAAAUUGUGAUGGAGAAAGCAAUGAUGAGCUAAGAAAUGGAAAGAUGAAGGCAUUUCUCUCAUUAGCCCGGUUCUCAGAUACUCAGUACCAAAGAAUUGAAAACUACAUGAAAUCAUCAGAAUUUGAAAACAAGCAAGCUCUCCUGAAAAGGGCCAAAGAGGAAGUGGGCCUCCUCAGAGAACAUAAAAUUCAGACCAGCAGAUACACAGUAAAAGUUCAGCGAGAGCUGGAGCUGGAUGAAUGUGCACUCCAUGCGCUGAGAGAGGAUCGUAAACGCUUCUUAUGUAAAGCAGUUGAAAAUUACAUCAAUUGCUUAUUAAGUGGAGAAGAACAUGAUAUGUGGGUAUUUCGGCUUUGUUCCCUCUGGCUUGAAAAUUCUGGAGUUUCUGAAGUCAAUGGCAUGAUGAAGAGAGAUGGAAUGAAGAUUCCAUCAUAUAAAUUUUUGCCUCUUAUGUACCAAUUGGCUGCUAGAAUGGGGACCAAAAUGAUGGGAGGCCUAGGAUUUCACGAAGUCCUCAAUAAUCUCAUCUCUAGAAUUUCCAUGGAUCACGCCCAUCAUACUUUGUUUAUUAUAUUGGCCUUAGCAAAUGCAAACAAAGAUGAAUUUUUGACCAAACCAGAGGCAGCAAGAAGGAGUAGAAUGACUAAAAGUGCACCUAAGCAGAGCUCUCAGCUUGAUGAGGACAGAAUGGAGGCUGCAAACAAAAUAAUACGUACAAUCAGAAGUAGGAGACCUCAGAUGGUCAGAAGUGUUGAGGCCCUUUGUGAUGCUUAUAUUAUAUUAGCAAACUUAGAUGCCACUCAGUGGAAGACUCAGAGAAAAGGCAUAAGUAUUCCAACAGACCAACCGAUUACUAAACUUAAGAACUUAGAAGAUGUCGUCGUGCCUACUAUGGAAAUUAAGGUGGAUCCCACAGGAGAAUAUAAAAAUCUGGUGACUAUACAUUCAUUUAAAGCAGAAUUUCGUUUAGCAGGAGGUUUAAAUUUACCAAAAAUAAUAGAUUGUGUAGGCUCUGAUGGCAAGGAAAGAAGACAGCUUGUUAAGGGCCGGGAUGACCUGAGACAAGACGCUGUCAUGCAGCAGGUUUUCCAGAUGUGUAAUACGCUGCUGCAGAGAAACACUGAAACUAGGAAGAGGAAACUGACCAUCUGCACAUACAAGGUGGUGCCCCUCUCUCAGAGAAGUGGUGUUCUUGAAUGGUGCACAGGAACUGUCCCUAUUGGUGAAUUUCUUGUGAACAAUGAAGAUGGUGCUCAUAAAAGAUACAGGCCACAAGAUUUUAGCGCCUAUCAAUGUCAAAAGAUAAUGAUGGAGGUGCAAAAGAAGUCUUUUGAAGAGAAAUAUGAAACCUUCAUGCAUAUUUGCCAAAAUUUUCAACCAGUUUUUCGUUACUUCUGCAUGGAAAAAUUCUUGGACCCAGCUGUUUGGUUUGAGAGGCGAUUGGCUUAUACUCGCAGUGUGGCCACUUCUUCCAUUGUUGGUUACAUACUUGGACUUGGUGACAGACACGUGCAGAAUAUCCUGAUAAAUGAGCAGUCAGCAGAACUAGUACAUAUAGAUCUAGGUGUUGCUUUUGAACAGGGUAAAAUCCUUCCUACUCCUGAGACAGUCCCUUUUAGACUUAGCAGAGACAUUGUGGACGGCAUGGGCAUUACUGGUGUUGAAGGUGUCUUCAGAAGGUGCUGUGAGAAAACCAUGGAAGUCAUGAGAAGCUCUCAGGAAACUCUGUUAACUAUUGUAGAGGUACUUCUGUAUGAUCCACUCUUUGACUGGACCAUGAAUCCUUUGAAAGCUUUGUAUUUACAGCAGAGACCAGAAGAUGAAACUGAGCUUCACUCCACUCUAAAUGCAGAUGACCAAGAGUGCAAACAAAAUCUCAGUGAUAUUGACCAGAGUCUCAACAAAGUAGCUGAACGAGUCUUGAUGAGACUGCAAGAGAAACUGAAAGGGGUAGAAGAAGGCACUGUGCUCAGUGUGGGUGGACAAGUGAAUUUGCUCAUUCAGCAGGCCAUGGACCCCAAAAAUCUCAGCCGACUUUUCCCCGGAUGGAAAGCUUGGGUGUGAUCUUCAGCAUCUGAAUUACCCUUGAAUAGGGACUGAAGAACUUUGAACUUGGAAAAGGCAGGGGAUAGGAAUUAAAUGCACCUCCUUGAAUUUAGUUGUCAUUUUAAAGCACCCAUGAAUUUUGUGCAGGAGUUAAUAUUUAACAACUAAGAGGAUUUUUCCAAUUGAUUUUUAGUAAUUUGAUUUAAUCAUUACACAGUGAGGCUUUGACAGUUUCAAGGAACAUCUCUGCUCUCUCUUCAGAAGUAAUUGUUAUUCAUGCUAUAUUUUAGGCUAAAUAUUUCUUCUUUUCAAGUACAUACUUUUAGUGUUUUCAGUAGAAUCUGACUCAUGCUAUAGCUGAAAACAAUAGAAGUAGCAGGAGUGACAAAUUUUCCUUCAGUAUGAAUUAGAACCAAUGAGUAGACUGCUACCUUCAUGUGACAUUUAAUUAAAACUGGUUCCCAGCGAUGUAAGAUUAAUUAAUUAAUGGUGUAAAAAAGAAAGAACUUUAAAAUUGUGACCAUCUAUAUAUCAUGGUGAAGCUACAUUAAAAAUAAGAAGCAGGGCAGUGCCUGUAGCUCCAUAGAUAAGGUGCUGGCCACAUAGACCUACACAGGCUGGUUCAUAUGCUGGCCGGUACAUACCCCACCUGGGCCAGCUAAACAACAAUGACAACUGCAACAAAAAAAUAGCCAGGCA